AUGGAAGACGGAUCGGCCAGCCCCACAUCCUUGGCGGCUGGAACGGGCCAACCUUUUAUCGUUAGCGUGGACGACUUGAUGGACAACACACGAGGUGCGACGAAACAUCUCGAACGGUCAUGUCGACGUCUGGGAAUCACGGCCGCCACCGGCACCGCAGCCGAGCGAGGGGAGACACGUGCGAGGCUGGCGAUGCGGCUGCUCGGGGUAGACCGGGAGCCGGGCGCCGAUGACGUCCUGCACCAGCUGUCGGUCGCAAUGAAGAUGGCUUGGAGAAGCAGAGCAGCGAUGGAAUCCUGGGCAUCUGACAAGUUCGGCGACGGCUGGCGAAAUACAUGGAGAGCGACCGAGACCGUGGCGCGGGUCAUCGAGCGGCUGUUCGAGCAGCAGGGCGAGUUCGUCUCGCUCACGGGCGAGCCACUGCUCGUGGCGUCACUGGGAGCAUAUCCGACGUUCCACGUCAAGGGCUGCCUCGACCGCCUCAUGUCACACGACGAGCUCAAGAAGGCCGAUAAGCAGCAGUGCGUCGAGUACGGACUCGUCUGGUCGCCGACCGACUACGCACUCCCCGCGCUGCUCUCCUACGGCCUCUUCCCCAAUGACAGGCUCUUUGAGCUCUACCGAGCGCGCCUCGCUGCCACCAUCGAGCAGGCUUCUGCGGAGCAGACGAGGAAGAAGGGGCUCCUGCGCGGCCUGGCCAUCGGCGCCCAUGAGGUGGACGGACACGGCAUGGUCCUCCAGCCUUUUGCGAUCCAGGUCGCUGGGCACCGCGUCCCCUGCCACCUGGACAUACUGGUCAGCUACUGGCUCGGUCAAGGAAUCGCACAUGCCAGGUUCGAAGGCCGCAGGCGGGCGGGCGCCGCAGUACUGCAAGCAGCCGCGCCCGUUGGCGGACCAGAAGACGUCACAGCCUGCUAG